CCGCGUUUUACCCUAACCUUAGAUGAUGCAGCAGAUUAUUUCGUCUCAUAAUCUAUAUCGAUGCCUAGGCAUGGCUUACAUUUCUGGAAUGUGUCAAUCUCACCGAAGGUGUAGCAUUGCUGAAGACACCGGCCUGGAUAUCGCUUUAACAAUAGCUCACGAACUUGGACACAAGUAUGUUGAAACUUUGCUUAUCAGUUUUAAGGCUGGAGUUUACGCUAUCAAAGUUUCUGUGAUCACAGUAGGAAUUUUGUAUCGGUAAAUUGAAGAAUUGAAGAAUUUCUACGAAAUGUUUGAGGGCCAUUGUCAAGGCCCAUUCACUGGAGAAAAAAUGAAAAUCCAUAUAGAAGGCCAUACAAUGGAAAUUAUAUGAACCUUCAUUGGAAAUAGAAUGGAUUUUGAUUAUCCAUAAUAAUUGUAUAUUUCAUACUAUGGAUGUAGUAUCGAAAUAGUAUGGAUAUACACCGUGGAUUUAGUGGUGCAAUAGACAACUUGCAUGUUAGACAAAUUUUUGAUCUAGCCGAUCUAGGCACAAAAAAAGUAAAUUCCCGUUAAGAACUUGUUAAAAUUAGUAAACUUGCAAAAUUUGGUUGCGAAAUGUUGUAAAGCUUGGGGAAUAUAGCUUUGCAAAGUUUUCAUAUUUUCAGUAUAUUUGUAUUACGUGCGGAAAUUGUUACCAUUUUUGAGCCGAAAAUGGUAACAAUUUCCGCUCGUAAUACAAAUAUACUGAAAAUUUGCAAACUUUGCAAGGCUAUAGUUUCUAAGCUUUACAACAUUUCGCAACCAAGUUUUGCACUUUUACUAAUUUCAGUAUGUUCUUUUUAGCUGUGGUGUUUAAUUCCCUUUUCUCUGCUUAGAUUAAAAUUUAGUCUAACAUGCAAGUUGUCCAUUGCAAAUUUCAUAGUAUGGAUUUCACUUUUUUCCAGUGAUUUGCACUCAAGAAAAAUUUUCACGGACAGAAAAUGUUCCGAAAAUAUCAUUGUUAAAAGUUGAAAAUUUUCAACUUCAAAAUUUUUUUCCGACGGGAAAUUUGUGUCGGCCAAUGACAUUUUACAAAAUUUUCUUUCUGCGGAAAAUUUUCCUGAGUGGAAAUGGGCCUUUUUAAAAACACCAACCGAUACUUUUCCCACCCCAGUCUGUUGUUAGUAUUAUAACUUUAUUACACUGGAUAUCUCUUCCAAGUCUUUCUAUUGGCCAUCCAACCUGUAUUAAUUAAAGCCACAGUUCAGCCUUUUGAAAUGAUUGUUUUUAAGGCGCAUUUCAGCCCUUUUAAUGGACCUAUUCCCUAAUGAACAAAAUUUUGAUCGAGACAAGUCUAGGCAAACAUUUCAUCACAGCUUGACAGAGCAUCACAAAAUUAGUAAUAUUCCGAAGUUUCGUUGCGAAAUGUUGUAAAAUGCGGAUAAUAUAGCCCUGCGAAGUUUGCCGUUUUUCAGUCAUUUUGUAUUACGCGGGGAAAUUGAUACCUUUUUUUCAGAAAGCGGUAUCAAUUUCCCUUGCGUAAUACAAAAUGAAUGAAAAACGGCAAACUUCGCAGGGCUAUAUUAUCCGCAUUUUACAACAUUUCGCAACGAAACUUCGGAAUAUUACUAAUAUUGUGAUGCUCUUUCAAGCUGUGAUGAAAUUUUUGUCUACACUUGUCUAAAUCAAAAUUUUGUUCAUUAGGGAAUAGGUCCAUUGAGAAAACUAACUAGGAAAGUCAAUUAUGCAUAAUUCAAGAUCAGUAAACUCAAUGUUUUUGACAAUAAAAAUGUUUUAAAAUAUUGAAAACAUUAAGUUUGCUGAUCUUGAAUUAUGCUUAAUUGAUUUUCCUAUAGUUAGUUUUUCCAAUUAAAAGGGCUGAAAUGGCCUUAAAAACCAUCAUUCAAAAGGCUGAACUGUGCCUUUAAUUCAGAAAAACCCUGCGGUACUUGAAAGCACUUUGCUCACAUGAAGCGGAAUUAUAAUCAGGUAAAAGGUAAAUUGAAAAAACAUUUCAAUUUUUUUCUCUUUGCAGUCUUGGUAUUCGCCAUGAUGGUUAUGGCAACGAAUGUGCAGAUCAAACACGUGACAUUCCACACGUGAUGGCGUCGUUGUCAUUAAAGGCAAACAAGCGAGGUUUAUCCCAAUGGUCAAAAUGUAGCAAGAGAAUGAUUCUCAAUUAUCUUAGGUAGGAGGAGUUCUGUUUGACUGCGUGUUGACUGUAACACCCCCCCCCCUGCUCUUUAGCGUGAUUUAAAUUUAAACUGCAUGGAAUUGUGGCCGUAGGCGGGGGGGGACUUAAAGCGUAACUGCAUAAUGAAUGAAUUAGGCGACAAUCGACGAUAUAUGUACGAUGGCAACUGAUCAUGCUUGCUAAUAAGCCUGAAUCUAAAUAGGUACAAUACAUUUCGAAAGAUUUGAAUAUCACAUAUAUAAUUAGCCAUUCCGAAGUUGAUGAGUGGACUGGGACGAGUGUUAAAAAGUGCCCAAAUUAAGAAAUGAACCGAAUCACUAAAAAGACCACCUCAAAAUUAGUAAGUAUACAAAGUUUGAAGACAUUUACAUGAAUACUCUUCGAAUAAUAAGCUCUCGAAAAUCGCGAUAUUUACGAUGAAAUGUACUGUAAUUUUUGUUUUUUGGGACGCGCGUCUCAGAAACAAUCUUUUAAUCAGUAAUUUCACAAUUUUCGAAAGCUUGUUAUUCGAAGGGUGUUCAUGUAAACGUCUUCAAACUUUGUAUACUUACUAAUUUGGAGGUGGUCUUUUUAGUGAUUGGGUUCAUUUCUUAAUUUGGGCACUUUUUAACACUCGUCCCCAGUCCACUCAUCAACUUCGGAAUGGCUAAUUGCGCCACUAAAUCCAUAGUGUAUCCAUACUAUUUCGAUAUUAUAUCCAUACUAUCGAAAUGUACAAUUAUUAUGGAUAAUCAAAAUCCAUUCUAUUUCCAACGAAGGGGGGUAAAGACCUACCUAAAAUGAUCAUGUUUUGUAAUUUGCUUUCAGAAACAAACCAGAAACAAAAAUUAUCAUUGUUUGUGACUCGUUCUUUAGAAAGACGAUUUCUAUAUAUAUUGUUAUAAGCAACAAUAAUUUCUAUAUUGUUAUAAGCAACCAACCACGAGCCUGGAUAGUAUAGGUUGAUGAUGACCCAAUGAAGGUCCAUACAAUUUCCAUUCUAUGACCUUCAAUGGAUUUUCAAAAUUUUUUCCCAGUGAGCUUCGCCAUUGGCCGAUUAGGUUUAUGAGAGAAUUUCACGAAGCACUAUCGUGCAACACUUGGUUGUCAAGAUGUUGUAUAGAGUGAGAAAAAUUUGUUUUUUCAUUGUGUAUAUAGUUUUGUAUUUGAAGGCAAAUUAAUAAAAGAGAGAUGUACUGUAUCAACAUUUCUGACCGAACUAACCUUUCAUUUUGGUGAUCCCCAAUCAUCAGUCUACAUCCUUUUGCCAUUCCGUCUUUAUAUAAUGUCUUCAACAAGACCUAUUUUCUUUUUAGAACCUCCGACAGUUGGUGUUUAAAGGAAACCCAAGGUGAAACAAGCAUUCCUCUUCCUACUACGCUUCCUGGAGUAACAUUCAGUGCCGACGACCAGUGCAAACACCAGUAUGGGAACCUCGCUAGACAAUGCAAGCGGUAUAAAGUAAGUCAAAUGAUAAAGCGAAACAAACUAAACUAAGGGGAUGUUUACAUGGUAUACCGCUUUGCCUGGACGGGUGAAAAGUGGAAUGAUUUUGAUCGACAUUGAAAUAGGUCACGAUUCAGCAAAAUUUCGUUUACUUUUAUGUACUGCAGAUUUCAAAGUCAUUGAAAGCAAAAGGCAGUUAAUAUAACUGAGUAAUUUUGUGGUCAAACUAUAGGGACUGAUCAACAUCAUUUCAAUGUUAUUAAUUGCUGUUCGACUUUUCCCUUAAGUCCUGUGACCUAAUUGACCAUUUGCGUAAUAGACUAACUUUUGAUCUCAACAAAAAUUUCAUCACAGCUUGAAAGACCAUCACAAAAUUAGUAAUAUUCCAAAGUUUCGUUGCGAAAUGUUGUAAAAUGCGGAAAAUGUAGCCUUGCGAAGUUUGAAAUUUUCAGUCAUUUUAGAUUACAAAUGGGAAAUUGACAGCCCCAAACCCUUCGAGGCUGUCAAUUUCCCGUUUGUAAUCUAAAAUGACUGAAAAUUGCAAACUUCGCAAGGCUAUAUUAUCCGCAUUUUACAACAUUUCGCAACGAAACUUUGGAAUAUUACUAAUUUUGUGAUGCUCUUUCAAGCUGUGAUGAAAUUUUUGUCUAGACUUGUUUAGAUCAAAAUUUAGUCUAUUGCGCAAAUGGUCAAUUCAAUACAUCAAAAUCAGCCCACCUUUCAUUCCGUCCUAGCAAAGUGCCAUGCACGUGAACAGCCGCUAAAUUAGGCUAGUUUAAGAUAUGUCGUGACAGUUUUUAUGCACUACUUGGCGAGUUACUAUAUCAAUUAUUUUAUGGCUUUAUCAGUUCUGUCCUCCCUUUCGAGGGGGAAGAUUUAACGUGCAAAAACUAGGUCAUUUUGUCCAUUUUACAUUUCAGGCAGGGACGAAUCUGAAUUAAUUCUGAAUUAAUGAGUGACUGCGUAAUUUUUUCAUGUAUAUUUUUAAAAAAUAAUAUGGUUUCUCGUGCAAUUUGAAAAAAAACAUACACUCGUAAGUUUUUCAAAGACUUCAAAUAAUUUUGAUAGUUUUUGAAAAACUCACUCGUGCAUAUUUUUUUCCAAAUUGCACUCGAAACUAUACUACUACCUAUAUACAAAGCUAAAGUGAAAAAAUACGUGUUUCUAUCAUAUUUAGAGUCGUUUAUGUCGAGAACUAUGGUGUGCAAUAGAAGGGGAGUAUUUCUGCCGAACGAAGUUAACUCCUGCGGCGUUUGGAACCAAGUGUGGGGAAGGACAGGUAGGAUCUUUCUGGUAUAUUAUUGCGAUUUUCUUCUCCUGAUGGAUGUGAACGAGUGGAUAAGUUAUGAAUGUUCAGAUGAGGGGAAAUGUACUCACAACAUUCGUAACUCAUCUACUCGUUCACAUCCAUCAGAAGGAGAAAAUCGCACUAGCAAUCUUUUUACAAAAGUGUAAACGGGCCUUUAUAUAGCGACGAAAGAAAAAUCAACAACAUUCAUACAGCAAUUGUAUUUCAUGACAAAAACUCUAUAGUGUAAAAACGGUUGAACGGUUUCAGCAGCAUUGCCUGUUGCCUGCAUGUUGUGUAUUUUGCUUCUCUUUUACAUUCUUUAUUUGAACACAAACAUGGAAAAUCGUAGUUUAGAAACUUUCGAGUUGUACCGCCGUUUUGUUUUAUAUUUCUGUUGGAUUUUUUGUAACUGCCGAUCUGCCUCUGGUUGGGUCUAAAGCCCUGGGCAAACUAGGAAACAUUGUUGCGGAAACAUUGUUUCCUGUCAUUGUUUCGCCAUGUUUCCCAGAGUGGGCAAACACUGGGAAACAUUAGUGAGAAACAUAGGGAAACAUCAAAUGUUUCUGAAUUUGCUAGAAAACAUUUUUGCUUCUCGGGAAGCAAAUUUUGUUUCCGCAACAAUGUUUCCACGGGUGGGCAAACAGGGAAACAUUUGAGGAAACAUCGAGAAUCACAAAUGUUUCCGCAGCAAUGUUUCCUAGUUUGCCCAGGGCUUAAUAAACGUAUAAAAAUUUCAUCCACAUCUACAAAUCCCUUCAAAAAUUAAUAUUUUAUUCAAUAAUUCAAGGAAAUUUUCUUAUUUUCUUAGUGGUGUAUGUAUGGUAACUGUGUGAACAGCACGUCGGUGUUAGUAAAACGAGAUGGCGGGUGGAGCGCGUGGGGAGCCUGGGGCAAGUGUUCUAGGUCAUGUGGUACGGGCGUUUCAACCAAUCGCAGACAGUGUAAUAAUCCAAGGUAAAGAUAGUAACUCGGGUCACUUGAAGAGACGAAACUAAUUAUAAAUUUCGAAGGGAUCAAUUGACCAUUUGCGUAAUAGACUAAAUUUUGAUCUAAACAAGUCUAGACAAAAAUUUCAUCACAGCUUGGAAGAGCAUCACAAAAUUAGUAAUAUUCCAAAGUUUCGUUGCGAAAUGUUGUAAAAUGCGGAAAAUAUAGCCUUGCGAAGUUUGCAAUUUUCAGUCAUUUUAGAUUACAAACGGGAAAUUGACAGCCUCAGAGGGUUUGGGGCUGUCAAUUUCCCAUUUGUGAUCUAAAAUGACUGAAAAUGGCAAAUUUCGCAAGGCUAUAUUUUCCGCAUUUUACAACAUUUCGCAACGAAACUUUGGAAUAUUACUAAUUUUGUGAUGCUCUUUCAAGCUGUGAUGAAAUUUCUGUUGAGAUUAAAAUCUAGUCUAUUACGCAAAUGGUCAAUUGGUGAUUCCAGCUUUAGACGAAAUUUUGAUCUGGACAAGAAAAACGAAACCAUUACCAUAGCUGGAAAGAGCGUCUUAAAAUUAGUAAAAUUGCAAUGUGCAUUAGCGCCAAAUCAUUAUGCGGGGAGUUAGACGGAUAUCUUAACUGAUUAGAAAGAUUGUACGAUUUUUUCUUUUUUAGUCCCAAGAAUGGUGGAAGAUAUUGUCAAGGGCCGCGGGCAAGAUAUCGACUGUGUAACCACAAGGUAGAUUUUACAAAUAAAAAUGAAAUAACUGCCGGAGUUUAUUGUAGAAUACUACCUACACCGGAAUAUCAUUACAGCGAAUGAACGAAUGUUUAUUAUUUUAGGAAUGUCCAGUGGGUUCCAAAGAGAUCAGGACAGAACAGUGCGAGUCAUUUAACGGUCAGGUGUAUCGGAACAAACUAUAUAACUGGAAACCACUGCUAAGUAAACGUAAGUUGAACGAAAUAUUUAUGUGAUACAAUCAGAGAUGCAAAAAGUAUGCGGGUACAUGUGGGUGCCAUACUGUCAUCAGUGAGAAAGGUUUACCAUAUAUGAGGUCAGUGAGGAAGACUUAAUGAAGAACACUCUACUUAACACUAACGCCAUAAAAAAUAAAUGAAUGAAUUCUUGAUACUAAUCAAAAUUUUCCUACAUAGAUAAGCCAUGUGCGCUGUUUUGUACUCCAACAACGGAAGAGAGAUUUUCAGUGCAGUUUUCAAUUAAAGUUAUUGACGGAACGCCAUGCAUGCCUGGGGCUUCGAACUUAUGUGUGGACGGCAAAUGCCAUGUAAGUAUCUUCAUUCAUUAAAAAUUAGGAGAACAAAAGUGAACGGUGAUGCUAAACAUCGGUGAAGUUAAUGAUGCUAAACGCACGGAGGAUAUUUCUAGCUCUAUUCUAAUCAACACACAAAAUAUUCCUACAUUUGUAGAGGGUGGGUUGCGAUAAUAAGAUUGGAUCUGACGCGAAAGAAGACAUCUGUGGCGUGUGUAAAGGCAAUGGAACAACAUGUCGGACGAUUGAAGGAAUUUUUAAUCAGUUGUCCGGAUCAGGUUGGUAUUGCAGUGACAACUUUAUAGUUUGAACAGUGGUUAGUAGACAAUAACACAGUAUGACAGAGGACUUUUUAGUUACUUUAAGAUUUCAAAUCGAAUGACUGUGGCGUUUAAACCAAGGUGAAAUUACUUAGGGACCGGUCAUAAAGUAACUGCUAGGGUGGGCCGGAGUGAUUUGGGAUGUCCACAGUUGGGCCACCAAAUAAAAACCCAUGUUAAUUAUAUAAUAUAUAAAGAUAUUAAUAAUAAAAGUAAACAAAACUAUCCAAAUUAUCAAAUGCAAAUGAUACUAUUGGAGCCAGUACUUUGUUUUAUACAACAUCAAGAAGUGGUCGAAUCACAGCAAAUACAACCAACUGGAGAGCAGCUCAGUAUCGUAAUUUGUGAUGAAUAUGUUGUUCAAGCUUGGUGGAAUUAUGUAUGUCAAUACAGUUCCGGUGUAUAUUUACAAUGUUCAUACCUGCAACUUUUUUUUAUAAAAGUGUAUUUUCACAAUUUAGAUUGGGUGGGUGGGUCAUGAAAUAAAUUUGGUAAGAUUAGAUGAGCUUUGAAAUUUUUAUCUACAUCCUAAGAUGGGUCACCAAACUUAUUGGCAAAAUUUGUGAUUUACCUUCAGCCCACCCUAGCAGUUACUUUAUGACCAGUCCCUUAAGAUGAUUCUACUCUGGCUUGCUUCACAUCAGACAAGCUAAGAAAGUGCUUGGAAGAAUAAAGAGAACUAUCAUCCAGUAUAAAUAAUUGACUUCGCUGAUGAUCGUCCAAAUUCAUUAACGAUUGGACAAUUUAAUAACAGCAUACUCUUCCAACUCGUGACUGCAAGGGAAUCUUAAGAUAUAUUGUUGCAACAUAUCCAGAUCUCAGCACGUCUAAACAGGGCAGGAAAGAAUUUUCUUCUUGGGAGCACAAUCUGGAAACAACAUUUCCUGCAGACCAACGGAGUAUUUUUGUGCUAAAUCUGCAUGUGCACAAACAUAUAACAUUCAAGGAAUAAUGUCUGUCAAGCAUAUGUUGUUGCGCCCAUAGUGGGGCAUGGGUGUUAAGGUUUCCUUUAAGUUUUCAGUAGCAAAUCUUCAUUCAAAGAAUUUCCUGCAGUUGUUUGACAUUUUCUGCGAGCAGUGAGCUAUUUUUUUCACCCCUGGUUCUAAAUAUAUCUAAUCUCAAUUUCAACUUCUCUAUAGGUUAUGUUGAAGUAGCAGUUAUACCCGUUGGUGCCCGUAAUAUUAAAGUUAUGGAAACAAAACCUUGCACAAGUUUUCUUGGUAAUAAUAAUUCAUCAAUCAAAAUCGAAAAAAACUUAAUGUUAUUGAACUGAUGAAACAAAUUUUAUGAUUAAAUAAUAUCAUAUGUUAUCAUAAAAUGUACUUAACUGCAGUUAAUCGUUGUGUGUACACAGUUUAUAUUUUCGUAUUUAAUUCUUCAGCUUUGAAAGGCAGUUAUGAUACCUACUACGUUAAUGGCAAUUGGAAAAUACAGUUGCCUGGUCAGGUCGAUGUCGAGGGGACAAAAGUCAUCUACGACCGAAAGGGAACAUGGGAACGAUUGGUCGCUAAAGGUCCAACGAAGGAAGCGCUCCAUGUAAUGGUAAGAGCCUUAUGAAGUGUCAAAUUUGAAGAGCUGCGAAGUUUGAGGCCUUGGACAAAUACCCUUGUAUAUCCAUUUCAUAUCAAUUAUUAUCCUAACCAAUCCUCUCAACGUUCCCUGUGGAAGGAAACUGAAGGACCCAGAAGAAGCACAAUGCUUGUUGAACAACUCUUUCUGGAGGGAGGGAGGGAGGGAGGGGGCUCAACCAAGAGGGGUCUGGGGGCAUGCUCCCCCAGAAAAAUUUUGCGUUCUUCAUCCCCCUUAAUUUGAAACGUUUGCUCUGUGUGCAAUCGCAAGUAAGAAUGAAUCGAUUCUGUUCCUAUUGAUACAGUAUAUACACAAUAUCAAUGUAACAACAAACUCUUAUAGAUAAUAUAUGUUGAUUGUAAUUAUCUGUACAAGAAAGAAACAAAGUAUGAAAAGAAAUAGAAUCCUCAUGGGUGAAGAAAUUAUUGGGGGCUCCUCGAUAAUCAAACCCAUGACCUCCGAUGUGAAAAGCGAGCACUCUGAAAACCAAUCUCGUACCCAGAGCAAUGCCUGUGCGCGGGCUAGGAUGGCAUUGGCUCUGGGGAAAUUGACAACCGGAACCCCUAGAUUUAGGGGUUCCGGUUCUUUGUCGGCAUGCACGAUUGAUAAACGUUAAACCAAUCACAGCACAAGAAAAAUUCAAUUUCCCCAGAGCCAAUGCCAUCCUAGCCUGCGCACAGGCAUUGCUCUGGGUACGAGAUUGUCUGAAGACUUGAAGUUUCAUCUUUCACAAUUAUUUUCAACAGCCAAGUCAUUUAAGACUUCGAUUUUUUUCUAAUAGGUAUUGUAUCAUGGCUAUAAUCUUGGCAUCAAAUAUAAAUAUUCUCUUCCACUGCCCAACAAAUCACAAGAGAUGAACAACGUCGAGAAGCUAUCUCCAAGCCGUAAGAAACUCAACUAUGGUUGGGUGAGGAGAGGAUGGCAGAAAUGCAGCGUUGUCUGUGGAAAUGGUAAAUAUAUAUUUUCAUAGUCCAUAACACCACGAUGCUCUGUUAUUUUUUUCAGUUUUUCUUGGUUUGUCACCGGUUUCUUGGCAAAACAAUGUGAACAGAAUCAUAGAGUGCCGUUUGUUCCAAAAUUUAUUAGAAAGCAAGAAAGAACAGACCGAAAAUGAAGUGCAAAAGCAGCCAAAAAGAGACAACGGGACAAGAAAGGCAAAUCAAUUUUCGCACACAAACAAGUUAGAAAAAAGCUACAAAAGCUAAACAAAUUUCAUUAAGAAAGCACCUUAUGCUUAAAAUUGAAACUGCUUGACAUAUCUUCGGCGAAACACGAAAAAUAUAAUGAUAAUUUCAAUGAACAACAGUUAGCAGCAAAUGCAUGUCAGAUAAUUUAAAUUUCGAAGCUAACUAUAUGGAUUCAAAUUUGAAACUACAGGUGUUCAAAAGAGUCGCAAGGAAGAAUGUGUCAGUUUUCUCAACGGAAAAUUCGAAGCUGUCGACGAAAGAUACUGUCGUGGCGCAACCAAACCAAGACAAGAAUUCCGCGUCUGUAGUGAACAUCCUUGUCCAAUAUGGUAAGUUUCAUUCAUAUUUCUACAUCAUCAUAAACUAAACUGGCUUUGUUUUUACUAGAGUCAUAGGGGAUGAUACUGUAGUUGUAUUCUUCUUAAAUUACCUUAAAAUAGGAUUUGCUGAAAUUUGAAAUUUUUUCUUAAAUCGCCUAAAAAUCGCACAAACUCGCAUCGCUUAAAAGUUGCAUUUUUUCCUUAAAUCGCUUAAAGUGCCUAGCUAUAUCACUUGUGGGACUUUAUGGGUUUGAAAAGAGCGUAAAAAAUUAGCUAAUAAGUUCAAAAGAUUUUUUUGAUUUGGUGCAAUAGUUUUGAGGGUAUAGGCCUUAACAACGGACUGUUCCUGAAUCCCAGCCUCCUGGAGUCUAAACGCGGCUAUUGAAUUUUUUCGAAACUGUCCAUUGUGCAUAGGAGCCUGGGAUUCAGGAACUGUACGUAGUUUAUUUAUAGAGGCCUGUAUGUUCGAAAUUAUUGCACUAAAUCAAAAAAAGCUUUUGAAUUUAUUAACUAACUUUUUACGCUCUUUUCAAAUCCAUAAAGCUACCACAAGUGAUAUGGGCGCUUUAAGCUCGCAUUAUCUCGCAGCAGCGAGUCACCACCGCACGCUGUAUAACUUAGGUAUCGAGUUAGAAGAUUUUCGUGACUUCGAUAUUCAAUCAGUGUUAUUUUCAGAAUUCGCUAUCAAACAUAGAGUAGACCUUCAACCCACAGGACCAUAUCUUUAUCAGUACAAAUAUUGCACAUUGCGUACCAACUCUCAUCUCUCUCUUAAGGUGGUCGGUUACAAGAUGGAACAGAUGCAGCCCAAACUGUGGUUCAGGACGUCAACAUCGUCGCGUGUUUUGUACGAGACAGUUUCCUAACGGCACGAUUGCAAGAACUUCCAAUCAUAUGUGUACCAAAGAUAAACCUUCAUCAAAACAAAACUGCUAUCUAAGGAGCUGUAGGGUGAAGUGGAUCACAAAUCCAUGGUCUAAGGUAGGUCUGAACUUCGUUUCGGACGGGACUAUGUUGUACGCAUGAAAUCGUCAGAGCAAGCGCCAAAAUCUCUGAAAUCGUGGGUUCGAUUCGCGUUGCAGAUUUAUGACACCUAUGGCAAGGGUGGGUAGUAGCGAAGUAGUUGUAGUUCGCUACUGUAGCGAACUACAAUUUUCAAGUAGCCAGUAGUUUUUGACUACUUUUUUAAAACAGUAGCUGUAGUUAUAGCGAACUACAUUUUUCCUAAAAGUAGCCAAGUAGUUGACUAUUUUUCAAACAGCAAAUCGCUAUUCGCUACUUUUUAAAAUUGUUAGCAACUUGACAGAAUAGAAUGAUAUUGAGACACGGUUUGCUUAAAAUCAAUACUCAAUAGUCAAUUUGCACUCUUGAACACUGUAGUGCUUACAAAAAUGUUGCUUUGUGUUUACUGUUGUUACUCGUAAGUCCAUUUGUUAUAGGUUACAUUUCAGCCUGAGUUAGUGGAUGCUCCAAAUAAGCAGUAGCUGUAGUCAGUAGCGAACUACCUUUGUUCAAAAGUAGCAGUAGUUGUAGCUGACUACAUAUUUUUGAAGUAGCUGUAGUUAUAGCGAACUACAAAAAAUUUGUAGUCAAACCACCCUUGCACCUAUGUGAAAAGACACAUUCCGAAAGUCGUGGAUUUUCUCCGGGUAGUCCGGUUUCCUCAUAGAAGGAAUGUUGACAGGGUGGGUUGGGAUUAGUCCCUAACAGACCCUUCCACCGUUGCUGAAGAUCAGACAUGAGUGAUGAGUCAUAAGGUGCAUGACUGCCAAAGGCGCCCUUAGUCUUAGAAAGCCUUCGACUGGAUCAGGUUGAGCUGCGUCCUUCACAAUGGACCUAUUCCCUAAUGAACCAAAUUUUGAUCUAGACAAGUGUAGACAAAAAAUUCAUCACAGCUUUCAAAGAGCAUCACAAAAUUAGUAAUAUUCCAAAGUUUCGAUGCAAAAUGUUGUAAAAUGCGGGUAAUAUAGCCCUGCGAAGUUUGCCGUUUUUCAGUCAUUUUGUAUUACGCACGGAAAAUUGAUACCGCUUUCUGAAAAAAGGUAAUUUGCAAAGUUUGCAAAUUUUAUAUAUAUACUUUUGUAUUGCGUGCAGAAAUUGCUACCAUUUUCGGCCCAAAUGUGCUAGCAUUUCCGCAACCAAACUUUGCAAUUUUAGUAUGCUCUUUCUAGCUGUGGUGAUUUAUUUGCAUCUCCUUGCCUAGUUUUAAAAUUAGUCUAUAAUGGGAAUUGUCUAUUUAAAAUCUUGUAAUCUUACCUUUCGCUAGUGUUACAGCAUCUGUGGCAAGGGUUAUCGUUUCCGCAACGUCCACUGUCCUCUCAGAGGUCUUUGUGAUCCAAACAGUAAACCUGCAAGUAGGAAACUUUGUUAUGGCGAAUCAUGUUUUAGUUGGAAUUCUGGCGAAUGGGGAAGGGUAAGUGCAAUAAUUCUCCCAUCCGAGUUCGUGUUAUCGAUUUUUCAUCU